AUGCCAGAGUCGGAUGCUCAGUCCACCUUUAUCGGCGUCGCCAUCUGUCUGUGCGCAAAUGUCGUCAUCUCGCUUGCACUCAACUGUCAGAAGCUGGCCCACGUCAGGAUUCAGCAGGAUGGCGAACACGAUGCGGACCAGGGCGAAACUUUCUCCAGAGCAAAGCAGACUGCUCAGCGCGAGCACCUUCCGCUCUUGGCCCCGACCAACGCGGCGAACGGGUCAGGCACGCUGGACUAUGGCAGCAGCGGGUCACAAGGUGGGACCCAGACAAGCUGCGAGCGUUCCUCGCCGAAUGAGAGCAGAUCGCGCUCAUCAGCUUCACCGACAAAGCCCAGAAAGAACCGCCGCUCAGACUCGAGUCCCACCACAGACUAUCUGCGCAGCAAACUUUGGUGGCUAGGUAUGGGGCUGAUGGUUCUGGGAGAGAGCGGCAACUUCUUGUCGUACGGUUUUGCUCCAGCAUCUUUGGUGGCGCCUCUCGGAGCUGUCGCGCUGCUUUCGAACGUCAUCGUUUCGCCAAUCUUGUUGCAUGAACGGUUCAGACCGAGUGACCUGAUCGGUAUCGCCUUUGCAAUUCUGGGCAGUGUCACCGUCGUGUUUGCAUCGAAAGACAGGGAUGUGCGGCUAGGCCCAGGUCAGCUUUGGGACGCCAUGAAGCGCUUGGAAUUUGUCAUCUACUCUGCGAUCGCGUGUGGAUCUGGCGCGCUUCUAGCUUGGCUGAGCACCACUCAAUGGGCAGACGAAUUGGUCUUGAUCGACGUUGGUGUCUGCGCCAUAUUCGGCGGCUUUACGGUGCUCAGUACAAAGUCACUAUCCGGGCUGCUCUCUGGCGGACCUCCGUUCGAGCUGCUCAAGUACCCCAUCACUUACGGGCUCAUCGCGGUGCUAGCGGGCACAGCGGUUCUGCAGCUGACGUAUCUGAAUCGGGCGUUGCAACGCUUUGAUUCGCGAGAAGUCAUUCCUUCACAAUACGUGCUCUUUACGCUGUCAGCCAUCACUGGAGCAGCGAUCCUCUUCAGGGAUUUUGAAGACGUCGACGCGCACAGACUCAUCAACUUCUUGUUCGGAGUUCUCUGCCUCUUCAGUGGGGUAUUCCUUCUUACUCGGCAAUCUUCCGAC